AUGCUCUUGAUCACCAGCUCGAACACGAGACUCUUGGUACACAGCGGUCCGAUGUGUGGCACGGUGAUAGACCUUUUUACUCCCGAACUCGAAAGGAAAUAUCGCGUCACCAAAUUUUACAAACCAUUAGACGGAGUCAAGGUUCGCGAUUUUUACGUGGCUUCCGGUGGAAACAAACCUUGGGGGUGGGGAAGUGAUAAAGCUGGAAUGUGUACGGAUUCUGUGUGGAGAAUGUUAGAGACAUUAUUUGACGCGGAGGAGAGGUUCGAGCUGAGAUUUGAGUGGACUAAGAAACAGCACGGGAGUUUGAUCAGUAGUUUCUUGGUGGAUAUCUCGUACUUCUGGGUUAUGGGGCUUUACUAUGGCGAUAGGGCAUGA